UGAAGGUGGCAGUAGCACUUUUUUGUCGGUACCAACCGAAGAAAAAAACUAAAUGCGCGUUGUGAUGACGUCGUACUUUUUCUGCCUGUGUGAAUUGCGGUCAAAAUGUUUCUAAACGUUCAUUCCUGAUUUGGGAAAAGUAUACGAUGUCUUGGGUUAAGUCUGUACAGUACAGUGGAGAGGAUGUAUUUGACGAGGAUGCGGAUGAUAUAAAUUUACAGGACAAAGAAUGGAAGUACAAUAUGAAAAAACGUGUGAAGGACGGCUAUGUUGAUGGCAUCGACCAUGGAAAAGAAGCGUCACUCCAGCUCGGUUUCAACAUGGGUUACAGGGAAGGAGCUGAGAAGACCAUUGCCGUUGGACGGCUAAAAGGAGUAAUAAGUGCUAUACAGUGCUGGUGCCAGUUCCAGAGACCGGACAAUCCCAUCCCAGCUUCAGUGGCUGACCUCUUACAGCGUGUUGUAAAGCAUGAGGACUAUAUUAUGGAGGCCAUGAGGAUGGGCCUGGAGAACCCCAUGCCCAGUGUCAGUGAUGUUUCGGAGACCAUGGAAGAUCUGGCCGUUGGGGAGGGAGAGAUGUCCUGUGGGGGAGCGGGUUGCAGCAAAGGUUCAGGCUGCUGUAAGAAAAGCAGUAACGUGGAACUUGGUUCCUUCUUCUUUACUGUUCCAGGAGAAAGUCUUGAGCAGCUUUUACAGUGCUGCAUGGACAUAGUGUCUGAAUUGGGGCUGCCCCUGGAACUGAUUCAGCAUCUGGAGCAGCUGAAGAGUGCUACAGAGUGAAUAGUUACAUCAGAUACUAAAAGAACUCAACGGAUGACUGAACUAGUGUGAUUGUUAUUUUUUUUAUUGAAUUUGUAAUUUAAUACAUUUAUUAUAAAUGUUCAUAUAAUCCAUUGCACUCAGUAGUGUAGUGGUUGGUAAAAUUAAUACGGUUGCCUUAUUUCGCUCUAACAAUUCCUUGGGGUGGAUUGGGCACUGGGUUAAAAUAAGAGCGCUUUCCUUCCAGGGUACAAGGAUUCUGGUCGAAACAUUGCAGUUGAUUGAGCUGCAGGAAGAAAUAUGCUUUGGCUGAUCCCUAGACUGUCCUAAAUCUGCUGGGAGUUGCUGCAACGAAUCAGGGCCUUAAUCCUGAUGUAUAUUGAGCAUUACUCAUUAUUUUUCAUUCACGUUUAACCACCUAUUAUUAUUUUACUACCCCACCAUUGAUUGCAAAACGUUUUGAAAAUUAAACGUCUCGUUUUGAAGGCA